AAUGGUCUAAUGGGAUUUCACCCAGGCCAGCUGUUUCAUGACAAACUGAACGUUCACCUUCAGAAAAGCAUACGCAUUUAAGCAAUUUAACAUCGAACGCCUACCAGUUACUCAGUGAAAACUUUGGAGUGCUUUUUCGAGUUUUGCCGAGAUCCUGCUAAGAAACCCAGAUCAGAAAGUCCAAGAUGGCCCCAUCUUGGCGUGUUAUAGUUUUGAACUUAUUAGUGAUCGAUUGGGUCAACAUGAGCCAAAGUGAAGACAAAUACUUGCACUUGAGAAAAAUCAUUUUGAAGCACGAACGCCAAGAGUUUAUGGGCGCGGAUUUGAACUGGACUGCCAGAGAAGCGGAAGUCGACCAGUAUCUGCUCAAGCUGAAGAGAAGCGAACUGCUGGAUCCUGCAGCGUUUUCGGCUGGGGAAAGUUUCCUAACAGCGAAAGAAAAAAUCGACAAGUCAAAGGUCUUCGAAUUCAUUCGCCAAAUCCCCAAAGGCGCCUCUCUUCAUACUCACCUUUUGGCCGCUGUUAGCGCGGAUUAUAUCAUCAAGAACUUCACUUACGAGGACAACGUCUAUGGAUGCUUCAACGAGCAGAAGAUCUUCAAGUUGCGCGUGUUGCAAGAUGCCAGUCAAGACCGCAACUGUUCUUGGAAGAGCUUGAAGGCCUACAGGAGAGAAUUCGAGGAAAAGCAGCGAAACUUUGACGAUUUUUUGAACACCCAACUGGUUCUCGAUGUGCGCUCACUGAACCAAAGCAAGGAAGAGGUUUGGGCAACCUUUAAAAACACCUUCUCAACUUUGUACGACUUGGUGUCUUAUAAGGGGUUUUUCGGAAGGUUCGUUUUUCGUCUUCUAGAAGAACUGUAUGCGGAUAAUGUGAUUUACACGGAACUGAGAGGAACAUUCAUGCCUAUCUAUGAGCUGAAUGGAACCACUUAUGAUGCGGGAGUGUUUCUGGACACUUUUAUCCAAACGGUGGAAGCCUUCAAGCAGCUGCAUCCAGAUUUCCUUGGCGUAAAAUACAUUCACAACUUCUUCCGCGGGAUGUCGAAUGAAGCCUUCCAAGCCGGCCUCGAUCAGUUGAUCAGCUACAAGAAAUCGUAUCCCGAUUUUAUUGCAGGCUUGGACUUUGUGGGUUUGGAGGAGAAUGGCAAGUGCCUGGUGGAGUUCCACGAGGAGUUAUUGGGAGUUAUCAAUCAUCUGAAGUUUUUCCUCCAUGCUGGGGAGACGGACGAAUUUGGCGGUACUGAUCUGAAUCUAGUGGAUGCGAUUUUACUGAACUCGACAAGGAUUGGGCAUGGGUUCGCAUUGCCGAAGCAUCCCAAAUUGAUGAAAAUGGUCAAAAGCCAAAACAUUGCCAUCGAAUUGUGCCCGAUAUCCAAUCAGGUGUUGAAGCUGCUGGAAAACUUGAGAAAUCAUCCGGCCACAGCGCUGCUUUCCAAGAAUUACCCAGUGGUCGUUGGGAACGAUGAUCCUUCCACAUGGAACGCCUCAGGCCUGAGCUAUGAUUGGUAUUACGUCUUGAUGGCAAUGACGCCGGAAGAUCAAGGUUUAAGGGUUUUGAAGAAACUGGCCCUUAACUCGAUCGAGUACAGCGCCAUGGGCGAGAAGGAGAAAACCCGUGCUUUCAACGUGUGGAAUGAACAGUGGAGUCGAUUUAUCAAUAACUUCGCUAACAGCGUAAAGUAGACCAAUAGGAAAUGUUUAUUUUGCACAGAUAGUGAUAGGAAAAAGGGCAAAAAUCGGCCAAUUUUCAUCUGCAAUUUAAGGCAGAAAUCUGGCAAGUGAGCUGUAUUUUUUAACUAAAUUUUGUCUUAGUUUAUUGAAAUAAAAAAUCCACUGAUCAA